UCCCCAAGUCAGCUAGUACUAGUUUGUUAUCACCAAAAACCUUAACACACUCAUUUCCUCUCUCUCUCUCUCUCUCUUUCAGAGUUUCAGUCUCAGCUGAGAAAAACCAAAAGAAUCGAUCGGAGAUGGCGAGCGCGGUGGACGCAGCAGGAGAUCCGAUCCCGACGUCGGCGGUGCUGACGGCGGCGGCGAAGCACAUUCAGUUCAGAUGCCAAGAGGAGAACGUGGCCUUCCUCAAGUGCAAGAAGAAGGACCCCAAUCCCGAGAAGUGUCUCGACCAAGGUCGCCAAGUCACUCGCUGCGUCCUCACCUUGCUGAAAGAUCUUCAUCAGAGGUGCACGAAAGAGAUGGAUGAGUACGUUGGAUGCAUGUAUUACAAUACAAAUGAAUUUGAUUUAUGUCGCAAAGAGCAGGAGGAAUUCGAGAAAAAAUGCCCAUUGGAAUGAGAACAUACUCUUUGUCCCACCAUGAUUGCAAUAAUAUAUGCAGUGUGCAAUGAGCAAAUACUGUUGCGUACAAUUUCAGUAGAUCUUGUUUUUCGAUCUGAGCUGUUUUCUAUUUGUAUGUCCAAAUUUUGCUUGGGGAAUGCUACCUAGCAGGAAAAUGUUUCACAUUUUUAAGCAUAAAGGAUUACUUCUAUUGUAGCAGGAA